GCAGACUCGCGAAAUUUGACAAUUCGAGCGCGAGCGCGAGGGCGAGGGAGGGAGGAGGAUCAGCGUGGCCACAGGACGGAGCAGGGUUGCCGAAUUGCAUGAACAGAGAGAGUGUCCGCCUCGCAGGGAAGCAUGUCGACAUGGGGAAUCCGGAUUGGGCAAUAUUGUCAUGCGGGAUUUGGUUAGGGAGACUCGGUGAAAGCCUCAGCAUCUGUGCGUCGUCUUUAUAGGCUCGAGGCGAAGGUUUGGGGUCGGGCGAAGAUGCUUUGCGACGAUUUGGCAGUGGAGGGAAUGAGGAGGAGAAAGGUGUGGGACGAAGUGUAGUCUUGGCUCGGCGCUUCGAGAGGUGGGUGAGAGCAUCGUGCAAUUGCGCUCGGACUUGGGGCGCGUCGAGCGAGGAAAAGGGAGAGGGAAGGGAAGGGAAGGGAAGGGAAGGAUUGGAAAGGAAGGAGGAAUUCAGAUGUUGCUUGAGAGGGUUAUCAGCCCGCGUGUGCCGGUCCAGACUGUUCCUCAGCUUCCGCAACUUCGCUCGAGAAGAGUUAGGAAAGAUGUGAGCCUCUGUCUGCGUCCUCCGGAUCCCCAACCGAAUUCUUCGCAUCCCGGUCACAAGAGAUUAAUCUCUGGCUCUCACAACGCUCGAGGGUUGUUCUUCUUCUCUUCUUUUUCUCCUUCUUCUUCGUCUUCCUGUUUUUCCGCCGGUGGAGGCUUGCACUCUGGCGAGGGUUCUCAGAGCCACCUCCAUAAUUGUGAACAUUCCGACGAAAAUGGACAUUACCACCAUGAAGGGCACGAAAGGAAUCAUGUGGAUUUGCAAACCGAAUCAACCAAUGCUCAGUCUUCGACCACCACUCUUGAAAGUCACCAUGAUCACGAGCAUCUUGAGCACGAUCAUGAGCACGAUCACGAGCAUGAUCACGCUCACAGCCACAGUCAUGGUCACCAGCACCAUCACGGGCACUCGCAUUGCAAUUCCGAUCCGGGAAGUCUGAACGCGGUUCAGAGAUUGAUCCAGAAGCUCUUCAGGGUGACAGGGGUGGCUUCAAUUGCCGACAUGUGGCGGGACAAUCUCAAAGCUUGCUGUGCGUCGCUUGCUUUGUUGCUGCUGGGUGCUUUAGCUCCGUAUGUAUUACCCAAGUCUGUCGGGCAUACCGUUCAAUCUGCUCUUGUUCUGCCAGCCCUUCCACUCACAGCGGUACCAGCUGGAUUAGACGCAGCUAUCGAUAUUGCAGGUGGUAGAGUCAACAUUCAUGUAUUAAUGGCAGUUGCAGCUUUUGCUUCCUGUUUCAUGGGAAAUGCUCUGGAGGGAGGGCUCCUUCUUGCCAUGUUCAGCUUGUCCCACCUAGCCGAAGACUACUUUACUGAACGAGCGUUGGGAGAUGUGAAGGCACUGAAAGAAAGUAAUCCCGAAAGCGCACUUGUUUUAGAACCAUUUGACCUCAAAUCGCCGCCACCGCUGUCUUCCAUUCCAUACAAGAAGACCCGAGUUAGUCUAGUGCAGAUUGGAUCCUACCUUCUCGUGAAAGCUGGCGAGACUGUACCCGUGGAUGGAGACGUCUGGCAAGGAAGAGCCAAGGUUACUGUCGAGCAUUUAACUGGUGAAGCACAACCCGUGGAGAAAAGGGUUGGAGAUUCUAUUCCAGGAGGUGCAAGAAGUCUCGACGGUGUGAUGAUUAUCAAGGCGACUAAGACAUGGAAGGACUCCACGGUGGCGAGGAUAGUGAAAUUGACAGAGGAGGCUCAACUCAGCAGGCCUUCCCUUCAGAGGUGGCUUGAUGACUUCGGGGAGCGAUACAGUCAGGCUGUCGUUGCAAUGUCAGUUGCUGUUGCUUUAUUGGGUCCACUUCUUUUCAAGUGGCCGUUUUUUAGCAGUCCAGGUGUCCGAGGUUCAAUUUAUAGAGCCUUAGGGCUGAUGGUAGCUGCUUCUCCAUGCGCACUUGCAGUUGCACCUUUAGCUUAUGCUGCUGCGAUCAGUGCGUGUGCAAGCAAGGGAAUUCUAUUAAAAGGAGGAGAAGCCCUUGAUGCUUUAGCUCAAUGUGAUGUAGUUGCUUUUGACAAGACGGGAACCUUAACCACCGGAGACCUGGUAUGCAAAGCAAUCGAACCUCUUCAUGGUCAUUGUUUCGACGAGAGUCAGUAUAGUGAUGAUACUUGCUGUAUUCCGAAUUGCGAGGAUGAAGCACUGGCCGUAGCUGCCGCCAUGGAGCGCGGGGCGACACACCCUAUCGCACGGGCUGUAAUGGAGCACAGUGCAGGAAGGGACCUCCCCAACAUUUUUGUGGACAAUUUUCACACCGUUCCCGGGGAAGGCCUCUUCGCAAAUGUUGCCCAAUCUGAGGCAAGAGAUGCAAGACCCAGUAGAGCAUUGUUGGGCUCAGUGGAUUACAUUGCAUCUUCUUUCAAGACUUCUUCUGAAUCAGAUGACGUACGACAAGCUGCAAAUGCAUCUUCUUACGGAAAUGAGCUAGUCCAGGCUGCCCUGUCUGUUAACAAUAAGGUUACCUUGUUUCACUUCGAAGACAAGUUGAGACCACAUACCGCUGAUGUGAUAAGAACUUUGCAAAAGAAGGCCGGAUUGCGCUGCGUUAUGCUCACUGGAGAUCGUGAUGCUAGUGCUCAAAGAGUUGCUGCCGCAGUUGGCAUUAGUGAAGUCCACUCUGGUUUAAAGCCUGAAGAUAAGCUCCAUAAAGUGACCUCAAUGUCCCGGCAAAAGGGUAAACGUUCCGGAGGACUGAUUAUGGUGGGAGAUGGUAUCAAUGACGCACCUGCACUAGCAGCUGCAACUGUGGGAAUUGUUCUUGCUAAGCGCGCUAGUGGGACAGCAAUCGCCGUGGCUGAUGUUCUUCUGCUCCAAGAUGCUAUUGAUGGAGUAUCUUUUGUCAUUGCGAAGGCCAGGCAAACCACGCGUUUGGUCGAACAAAGUGUGGCACUUGCCCUCUCGUGCAUUAUCAUGGCAGGUCUCCCUUCCGUUAUGGGUUUUCUGCCCCUUUGGCUCACGGUACUUCUUCAUGAAGGCGGAACCUUGCUGGUAUGUGUGAACUCUGCGCGAGCUUUGAAUGACCCUGUCUGGUCAUGGAAUUUGCAAGAAGCUCUGCCAACAUUCUUCAAAAAAAUAUAUGCUGCUAUGAUGUUGUGGCUGAAAAGGGGAGACUCAAAAGCUGUGAUGCAAACUGCUUCAGCGUAAACUGGAAGAUUCCCAUAUCUUGACUUUGUACCACCAUUGUAUCGUAGUACGUGUAGAAGAGAACCCGAAAUUCUUGUAAACCGGCAGAAGGCGUAUUUAAGCAUUUGUGAAGUAUAUAGUAUCAGGAUGGAGGCAGUUCUCGUCCUUAACUAUCAUUAAAUUGUUCAUAGUUUGUUGUGGCACAAGCUAGCAGCUCUGAACUUUAACCACAGCUGAAUGCCACAUAUGUACAUUCCAAAGUUCUGGGACCAAACUUGUGAAGAUACCCAUUUAGGUUGACAACACUUGUACCAGUUGUCAAUGGUAUUUGAGCGGACGUCUAUGACACUGUUUGAUACAUUUCCAUGUCUCGUUUAUCGUCCUAGCCUCAAGUAUUCCAA